CGAUCAACAGAAGAAUAUGUAGAGUUUGUUGAAUUAGCAAAAAACGAUGGAAAACGAGUGGGCAACGGAAGAAAGACACAAAGAUUUAAUAAUGUUUCUGUUAAACGUGUAAAAGCAGUUGAAGAACCAGAUACUGUUCAAGAUGAUUUGAAUACUGAUCAUUUUUAUCAAUAA